CGUUAUUUCUUCAAAUAAUCUCGUAAUGGAGCACGCGCUGAGAGAAGCGAAGCCGGAAGUGAACGACGGUCACACUCCUCUCGCGCUGCGCGGUUCUUCUUCGCCUGUGAUGUUGGACGACAGAGUCCGGUACCGGCAUGGACCUCGAGGACGCGUUCCAGGUGGUCGGUGAGUUCGGACGGUACCAGAAGAGGGCGGUGACGCUGCUGGUUCUGACGCAGGUCUACAUGGCGUGUCAGUCCAUGCUGAUGGUUCUGGUCGGGUCCACACCAGAGUACCGAGUGGAGCCUCAGGACGACACCUCGUCCCAACACGUCACUUUCACCGAGGACGUGGACUCCAUCGUGACGGAGUGGUUGCUGGUCAAACAGCAGGCGUAUAAAGUCAGUCUUGCAGGAUCGCUGUUCUUCGCUGGUCUGCUGGUGGGAAACGUGGUGUUUGGGCCGCUCUCUGAUAAAGUCGGCAGGAGACCAGUUUAUUUGACGGGUCUGUUUUUUGAGGUGGUCUUUGGUUACGUGACGGCGUUGGCUCCCAACUACGAGGUCUUUGCCGCGUCUCGUCUGCUGGUGGGUCUGAUGAACGGCGGCAUCGGCCUGGUCUGCUUCGUCCUCACUCAGGAGUACGUGGGGAAGUCCUACUGGGCCAUGACAGGGACGUUGACCAGCAUGACCUUUGCUGUGGGCAUCGCUCUGUUUGGAGCUCUGGGUUAUUUCAUCCGGCCGUGGAGGAGCCUGGUGUCUGUGGCCAACUCAUCAGGCGUCGUCUUCUUCCUGCUGUCAGUAAAUCUGCCUGAGUCUCCACGAUGGCUGUUCUGUCAGGGUCACACAGAGAGAGCAGAACAGGUUCUGCGCUACAUGGCGCUGAGAAACGGCAACGCCGCCGACAGCCUGAGGCUACAGCCAGUACAGGCCGCUAAAGCUGGUAACCAUGACAACAGGCGCGCAGGUGUCCUGCAGCUGGUGCUCCAUCCUGUCCUCCGCCUCAGGACCGUGGUGCUCAUGUAUGUCUGGUAUGCGUGCAGUCUGGUGUACUAUGGUCUGACUCUGGGAGCCAGUGAAACGUCUGGUAGCCGUUAUGUAAAUGUUGCCAUGUAUGGACUGGUGGAACUGCCCGCUUAUCCACUGUGUUUAUACUUCAUCAACAAGCACUGGGCGGGGAGGAGGAGGAGCAUGGCCAGCUUCCUGUGUCUCGCUGGCUCCGCCUGCCUCUGCACCAUGUUCAUCCCUGAAAACACCGAGAGUCUUCUGAACGUCACGUCUUUGGCUCUUGUGGGAAAACUCAUGGUCAGUGCAGCGUUCAACAUCGCCUACGUCUACACGUCUGAACUCUACCCAACAGUUGUCAGAAAUGCUGGUCUGGGGGUGUGUUCCAUGUCGUGCAGAGUUGGAGGAAUACUCGCUCCAUUCGUUCCUUCCAUGAGAGCCCUCCACACCUCCAUGCCCUUCACUGUGUUCUGUGUCAGUGGUUUCUCUGCUGGUUGCCUCAGUCUCCUCCUCCCUGAGACUCUGAACACACCUGCAGCAGAAACACUGGAGGAGCUGAGCUCCACCCACAGCCGUGUGCUGGAGAGCAAGGCUGUUUUGUAUGAAGACAAGAAAAAGAAAUUCAACCACAGAUGAAGUGGACGUCUCCAUCGUCUUCAUCGUCAGUGGAGCAGCUGACAUCACCAGGACUCGCUGAUGUUUACGUCUGUGACCAAGAGGACACAGGGGACACGGAGGACACAGAGGACAGGGGACACAGAGGACACAGGGAACACAGGACAGACCCUCCUGUGUAUGAAUGUUGUCAUGUGUGUGUCUCAAAGCAGCUCAGGUGUGUCUCACACACACAUGGACAUUCAUGACUUGAGGGGACAUUGCAUUGACUUACAUUAAUUUCCUGGAGACUUACUCUAACCUUAACCACAAUCCCUACUGGCCUAAUCCUAAUCCUAAACCUAACCUUAAAACAUAUCUUCACCUUAAAAUGUAGUCAUUUACGUUGUGGGGACUUGAUUUUUUGUCCCCACAAGGAAGACAAGUCCCCAUAAUGUGACUGUGUAAACAGGUUUAGGUCCCCACAACAUUAGUAAUACCCGCACACACACACACACACACACACACACACACACUGUUGCCUCAUCACUAAAUUCGGGUGUGUUAUUUUGUCAGUUCAGUGUUUGAAAUCCAACGUUCGGAUUAACCUCAGUGACACAAAGUGACCACACGAGGCAGCAGAGGAGCAUUUUCUCUCUGGACUUUGGUGUGGGAGAGUGAGCAGACUGUUAAAGGGAUAGUUGAAGUUGUUGUGUGGUUGUUGCUGUAGUGUUUCUUUCCUCAGCAGCAGGAGGAAGUGGCGGCGGGCCCCCUCCCCCCCCCCCAUAUUUUCCACGAGUCAGCACUAAUGCCUCCUGUGCCUCUGUUUUACUCUGCCUCUCGUCCACUGUGAACUGUUUUGUAAAGGAUAUUUAUAUUGAUGUUAUUAAAAGUAUUGUUGUAAGAAGAAACAAGUAUUGCCUUAGAUGUUUUAAUAUGCAGUCUGUGUGUGUGCGGGUAUUACUAAUGUUGUGGGGACCUAAAACUGUUCACACAGUCACAAUAUGGGGACUUGUCUUCCUUGUGGGGACCAAAUGUAAUGUAAAUGACUACAUUUUUAAGGUGAAGAUAUGUGUUAAGCUUAGGUUGAGGUUAGGGUUAGGGUAAGGUUAGGUGUCAGGAUUAGGAUUAGGCCAGUAGUAAUUGUGGUUAAGGUUAGAGUAAGUCUCCAGGAAAUGAAUGUAAGUCAAUGCAAUGUCCCCUCAAGUCAUGAAUGUCCAACAUGUGUGUGUGUGUGUGUGUGUGACUAUAAAUGGUCAAAUUUGUCUCUAACACUAAUAAUUAGGCUGAAAAUUAAACUUUUUUAAAAAUA